AUGCCUCCAACCACCCGUUCCCAGAGCCAGCGGGAGUCCAACUCCGGUCAGGACUCCGACCAGGAAUCCGACGGCAGCGAUGCGUCAGUGGAUGAUGACGACGGCCAGGAAGCUUCGGUGGUCGUCCGCUCGCCCACCACGGAUAUCAGCUACGACAUCUCGGAUCUUGACCGUGAGACCCAGAAGGGGGUCAGACAACUCUUCCGCGCGAAGCCCGACCAGCAGCCAUCGCAAUUCGUCCUACAGUGGUGCCGGUCACACGUCGAGAACGACAGCCACUUCUACGCUUUUGAAAUACUCGAAACCGUACGCGCACGCAGAUCGAUCCGCGUAGGCUCUCCCAAAAGCCAAUAUCGCAAGCCAAAGUGUUUCUGCAUGGGGGACAGUGAGAGGCCCUGCAAGCAUUUGAUUUAUUUGCUAGACCAGGUCAACUAUCACACGGCUGGCCAUGACUCUGGGUCCCCAGAACACCUUGGACCAGAUGGAUACCCAACCGAGAUGGGCCACCCUUUCGAGAGGAUCUCCGAUUUCCACCUUGACCAGCUGGCCACUAGUUUACAUUGUAGUAUUAGAUCUCCUGACUCCACGGCCGAGGUCAACCCAGCCCACCUACAGGAGGUGCGCGAGAUCCUGGCGUCUGUGGAGGACCCCGAUCUUGAUGAUUACGCCUGCGAUCGCUUCCGGCCUGAUAUUUUCGACAACUUGCAAGCAGUUCCCGAGGAAGACGCACUGGUUUGCUAUGAGGACCUCACCCAUACGGUGGCGAAUAUGCUUAUGACGAAUAAGGAGUUCUUUGCCUACUUUUGGAGACUUCUCGAGCCGAGCUCCAAAGCCCGCGAUCCGUUUCGAAAGAUUCAGCAGCGCGUCGACCGCGUACUUGGCGAUCUGGACGCCUUUUCUCAUGACCCGUCCGGGGCAUCAAUUGGCAAGAGCGCCACGGAGGGCAAUCCGGAUGUUCCGUGGGCGGCCGCGCAUAUUGAGAGGGCCGUGUCUACGAUCCAGGCUGUCUUACAAAACAGGUCUGACGCACCAUCGUCUCCCAUAGAACGAGCCAGCGCAGCUCGAACACUUGUGGGGAUCCUGCAUGUCAUUGUGCUGUACUGGAACCGUGAAGUCACCUAUUCCCCCACCAGCAUCACCUCAACAGACAGCCCUGUCGCCGCAUCCUCGUUACCUACACAGACCGCAACAGCACCGACCUUGAAUGAGAGCAAUCUCUACCAUCGACUCAUCGGAGGGCAGACACAUGGGUCAUCUGCAUUUGUAAUUGACGUCCUCGCUCAGCUGCCCGAGCAGAACCAGUGGAUCGAGACGCUCGAGGAGAUCGAGGACCACCUGAGCGCGUAUGCCCCGCCUGCAGGGUACAUGGGACGACUCAGGGAUCUCAUCUUGCGCAUGAGGAGCAUUCGGCCGGCCCCAAACCCAGAUGCGCACACGUCCGUACCCAGUAGAAGGGGCGGUGGCAAUACGGCGGGCAACAAGCGGAGCAGAGGCGGCGGAAACGGGAGAGAGGGCGGGGCCAAGAGGGUGAAGUGA